GAAGACGAAGUCAUUUGAUCCUCACCCUAUCAUCAAGCAAUAAUGAGCCGGGUUGUGGGUGGUCCCCUUCCAUGGGGUUAUACAAAGUUCAAAUCAACUUACUUGCUCUACUACAGGGACCUUUAGGGGCAGUAAACAGAACCACACGAUAACUAUGGGUCUUGGCGAUGGAGGCAUUUUAACUUUUCUCACUUUCCCCCUUAGCUUUAGGCUUCUUGCUAUAUCUAUUUGGCUGAAGUCGCUCUGGUCCAGGGGGAGGAGGGCAUAGUGAGGCCCAGGCACAAUCGUGCCUGCCCUUGGGAGAAGUCACAGGGUUUGUAUUCUAGCUUCUUCACCUUCAGGAUUUCCAAGUUGGGAAGAAGAAAUCAAGCUCCCUCUCUUCCCCCUUAGCCUUCCUUCAUCACUCUAUCCCUUAAGUGGGAGACAGCCUUCUGGCUGGCACAUGCUUCUACCCAAGAGCAAUGAGCUAUGUCCUAAUCGGGCAGAAAAAAGGAGCCGGUAUUUCCACCACGGGGCAAUAAGAGCAAUCCGGGGAACGCUUUGAAGAGAUGCGAGAAGCAUCCGAGGACAGGGCCCUGGUUGCCACUGAUAGACAUCUAUGUCGUCAGCAGCCAGCUGGAGCAGGAGCGCAGUCAGCUCUUGGCUCCUCACUGACGUUACUAAGGUUUGCCUGGGAGAAGGAGGGAGGGAGGAAAGGAGAAAGGGGGGGGGGGCUGCUCCGUGACUCUCCUUUCCCAUCGCUUCACCGCUGUACCAAAGUCUCACCAACUGCUUUCCAGGACUGCGCUGGUCAGCCGAGGAGGGAGCAGCAACCCCUAGAUGCAAACGUGGAAAUCCUUGACUACAAGACAAAGAAACAACUAUGCUUUCUGGAUAAGGUUGAACCACAUGCCUCAAUUAAUGACAUCAGAUUGAUGUUCCAUAAAUUUUAUCCCCAAUGGUAUCCAGCAAGACAGUCAAUGAGACUAGAUCCCAAGGGAAAAGCCUUGAGGAAUGAGGAGAUCCUGCAAAGACUUCCAGUUGGCACAACAGCUACCCUCUAUUUCAAAGACCUGGGGCCACAAAUUGGAUGGACAAUGGUGUUUUUGAUUGAAUAUGCAGGCUCACUUUUCAUCUACCUCCUGUUUUACCUCCGAAUGCCUUUUGUCUAUGGCCUGGAAAAGAAACUCAUGUCGAGGAGGCUUCCUGUGGUCAACCUGGCAUGCAUCUGCCAUUCUUCCCACUACAUCAAACGAUUGAUCGAAACCAUUUUUGUCCAUCGGUUCUCUCAUGGGACCAUGCCUCUGAAGAGUAUCUUUAAGAAUUGCUUCUUUUACUGGGGAUUUGCUGCUUGGCUUGCUUAUUACAUCAAUCAUCCUCUUUACACGCCUCCUUCCUACGGACAAAAGCAGAUCAAUUUUUCUCUGAUCACCUUUCUGUUAUGUGAAGCUGGAAACUUUUCAAUCCAUGUGGAACUCAAUAACCUGAGAGGAAAUGGACCAAAGACCCGUCGAAUCCCCUACCCAACCAAGAAUCCAUUCACAUGGCUCUUCUUCUUUGUCUCCUGCCCUAACUACACCUAUGAGGUGGGGGCCUGGAUCAGCUUCACCAUCAUGACUCAGUGUGUCCCAGUGGGAUUAUUCACGCUGGUUGGCUUCAUUCAGAUGACAAUCUGGGCAAAGGACAAACACUGUACUUACGUCAGAGAGUUCAAGGACUACCCAAGCCUCAGGAUGCCAAUCAUUCCUUUCUUGCUGUAGGAAGCAAGCAGCGAUGUGUGGGCACUUCAGCAGACCUAGGGACAGAAAAGUAAACAUUGGAGCCCUGGUCUUCUGGGUUUUCUCAAAAAAAAAAAAAAGA